UUUGUCCAUCAUAUCAACUGCACCAUCUUCCAAAUAAAUAGGUUUUAGAUUAUUCUUUUUAGAAUAAAUUUAAUUAUCAUCACAUUUACAAAAGAUAUUCUGUACUUUAUACACUCGACCUCCCCAAUAAAUCAGCCAUGGUUGUCCCUGUUUCGCAUGUGCCACAAGCGGGAACCAUAGUAUAAGACUUCUUCCGACAUUGGUUCACGAAUAUGUCUGUUCUUAGAGAUACUCCAAAAAACAACAAGUUAUUUAGAUCAUGUACUUAGGAAUUGCCAUCUAUAUAAGACCUUUCACUCAACGACCCAACACACAAUUAACAAUUUGGUUUCUCUCUUUCUCUUUCUAACAACCAAAACUCAUUUUUUUUUCAAGCCUAGCUAUAGCUUGAAGAUGGCAAUUGAUUGUGAAAGUAGAAGAUAUGCUGUGCUGCAAGCAGUGCGUGAUUCUGAGUAUGUAGAGAAAGUGUACGGUGGCUAUUACAACGUGUAUGUAGAAGCCUUUGGGGAAGAGGGAGAUGUGUGGGAUUUGUUCAGAGUGUACGAGGGAGAUUUUCCUGAAUUGAAUGAUCUGCAUAAAUAUGAUGGGUUUGUGAUCACUGGUAGCCCCAGUGAUGCUUAUGGAAAUGAUUACUGGAUCCUUAAACUCUGUUUCAUUUUGCGAAUCAUUGUUGCAACGGAGAAGAAGCUCCUUGGCAUUUGCUUUGGCCACCAGGUACUGUGCAGGGCUUUGGGUGGAAGGGUAGGGAAAUCGAAGACAGGGUGGGAUAUUGGGUUUAGAGAAGUGCAUUUCAUGAAAGAUGUAGGUGGAUGUUAUAGGUACCUAGAUCAUCAUGAAAUGUCAUCAUUCCUUUCGAUCAUAGAAGUGCACCAAGACGAGGUUUACGAGGUUCCUGAGGGUGCAGAUGUGAUUGCAUCUUCGGACAAAACUAGGGUGGAAAUGUUUGCAAUUGCAGACAACAUUCUUGGAAUUCAGGGACAUCCUGAGUACACCAUAGAUAUAUUGUUUAAUCUCAUUGAUCGCCUUCUCCAAAUGGAUGUCAUACAGAAAGGAUUCGCAGAAGAUUUGAAGCGUCGGCUUGAGUCUGCUGAGCCAGACCAGGAGUGCUGGAAAAUGAUAUGUAGGAGCUUUCUCAAGGGGAAAUAGAGCUCCUGCACUAACAUUUAAGACCUUAGUAAAAAAAAACUAAAAAUAAACUUAUAUUUAAAUAUGUAUUUGAUCCUUUAAUGUUUAAAAUCUUAAUUUAAUUUUUAUAUCUUUUAAA